CUUAAUAGUGGUAUCAGAGCCAUGGUCUCAAGCAGGACUAACAUCAAACAACCAUGGCCAACGAAACACCCAAAACCACCGAUUCCAAAACCCAAAAGUCCAGCUCAAGCAAAACCGUGAUUACCACACCCACUAUUAUCAAUACCAGUACCAGUUCAAACAAUAUCAUAGCCUUUGUUGCUGCUCAAUUCCCAGUCAAACUCACCUCUGAUAAUUAUACCAUGUGGAGUCGACAGUUUACCUCAUUGCUCCGAGUUUAUCGACUGACUGAUUUUUUGCAGGGUACUAGGCCAUGUCCUCCAGAAGAUGACAUACCCGACUCACCAUAUGAUUUGGAAUUCAAGGCCUCAAUUCGAGCCUGUGAUGGACCCCCAUUGUCAUUUGAAGACUUACAAGAUCGACUAUUAGCCCAUGAAGAGUCUCUACAAAGAGAGGAGGCUCUUGUUGGUGAUACCAAUCCACCAAUUACAGCACAAUUUGCUUUUGUGCAUCCUCGUACUAUUGGAAAUCCUAGCGGCUAUGGUGGCUUCAAUGCUUGGAACUCGUUAGGUGGCCAUUAUGAUGGAGUUCAAACACACUUCAAUCGAACUUCUAAGCCCAACUCAACAGCUUCACCUUAUACCAACAGCCAAUUUAAUGGGUAUGCCCUAAAGGGUUGUGGAGGAGCCCGAGGAAACCGUGGAGCCCGAGGAGGGAAAAAUAAUCGAAAUUCCUCCAACAUGUAUAAUAGUUACAAUGCUAAUGCAUGUCAAUUGUGCAAUAGUUUUGGACAUUUUGCCAGGAACUGUCCUGAACUCAAAAAUCAUGCUCAUGUUGCCAACUUUGCAACAAUUUCCACUUUAAAGAAGGGUGAUUGGUGGAUAGAUUCUAGAGCCUCUAAUCAUGUUACUCUUGACUUGGCAACCUUAGCACUUCACUUAGAAUAUGAUGGGUCUGAUGAACUACUCAUUGUGGUAUCAGAGCCAUGGUCUCAAGCAGGACUAACAUCAAACAACCAUGGCCAACGAAACACCCAAAACCACCGAUUCCAAAACCCAAAAGUCAAGCUCAGGAAAAACCGUGCUAUUAUCAAUACCAGUACCAGUUCAAACAAUAUCAUAGCCUUUGUUGCUGCUCAAUUCCCAGUCAAACUCACCUCUGAUAAUUAUACCAUGUGGAGCCGACAGUUUACCUCAUUGCUCCGAGUUUAUCGACUAACUGAUUUUUUGCAGGGUACCAGGCCAUGUCCUCCAGAAGAUGACAUACCCGACUCACCAUAUGAUUUGUGGGUAAGGCAAGAUCAAUCAAUACAACACGCAAUUAAGACUUCAGUAUCAGAAUCCAUUCACCCAUAUGUAUCUAGUGCAGAGACCUCGCAUGAAGCUUGGGUGAUACUUGAAAGACUUUAUGCAAAUAGCUUUCAUACAAGAGUUAAUGCAUUGAAAGAAAGGCUCCAGAACCUUCGGUGUGAAGGUAGAGCAGUAGUAGAGUAUCUUCACACUAUAAAAAACCUAAUUGAUCGGAUUGGAAAUGCAAAAAAGGUACCCCUAAACAAUUAUGACAUUCAAGUUUAUCUGCUUAACGGUUUGGGACAUGAAUACAGGGAAUUCAAGGCCUCAAUUCGAGCCCGUGAUGGGCCCCCAUUGUCAUUUGAAGACUUACAAGAUCGACUAUUAGCCCAUGAAGAGUCUCUACAAAGAGAGGAGGCUCUUGUUGGUGAUACCAAUGCACCAAUUACAGCACAAUUUGCUUUUGUGCAUCCUCGUACUAUUGGAAAUCCUAGCGGCUAUGGUGGCUUCAAUGCUUGGAACUCGGUAGGUGGCCAUUAUGAUGGAGUUCAAACACACUUCAAUCGGACUUCUAAGCCCAACUCAACAGCUUCACCUUAUACCAACAGCCAAUUUAAUGGUUUUGGACAUUUUGCCAAGAACUAUCCUGAACUCAAAAAUCAUGCUCAUGUUGCCAACUUUGCAACAACUUCCACUUUAAAGAAGGGUGAUUGGUGGAUAGAUUCUGGAGCCUCUAAUCAUGUUACUCUUGACUUGGCAACCUUAGCACUUCACUCAGAAUAUGAUAGGUCUGAUGAACUACUCAUUGGUGAUGGAUCAGAGCCCACUUGUGUUAGUCAAGCUUUGAAACAUCCUCAAUGGCGUCAGGCUAUGUCUGAUGAGUUUAAUGCUUUGGUUCACCAAAGCACUUGGGAGUUGGUUCCACCUAAUGCCCAUCAACAUGUGAUUGGCUGUAAGUGGGUAUUCCGGGUUAAACGGAAUAAGGAAGGCAGGGUUGAACGGUUUAAAGCUCGUCUUGUGGUUAAAGGAUUUCAUCAAAGGCCUGGUUUUGAUUACUUUAACACUUUUAGCCCUAUUAUUAAACAUGUUACUAUUCGGGUUGUUCUCUCUUUGGCAAUCACUCAGAAUUGGUUUAUUCGGCAAUUAGAUGUUAACAAUGCUUUUUUCCAUGGAAAGCUUGAGGAAGACUUGUUUAUGGCUCAACCACUCGGGUUCCUUGAUGCUAGUCUACCUAUGCAUGUUUGCCGGCUUCGGAAGUCUAUCUAUGGCCUCAAACAAGCUCCUCGCACAUGGUUUCAAGAGUUGAAAAGCGUUUUACUCUCUCAUGGGUUCCAGAAUUCUCACUCAGAUACAUCUCUUUUUAUCUAUCACAAUGGGUCUGAUUGCUUAUACUUUCUGGUUUAUGUCGAUGAUAUCAUUGUGACCGGCAGCAAUCCACAGUUGAUUGAUUCUUUGAUUCAAUUGAUAAGCAACACAUUCUCUAUCAAAGACCUUGGUUCCCUUACUUAUUUUUUGGGAGUUAAUGUUAUCUUCACUCCUGCAGGCCUUUUUCUCUCCCAGGCUCAAUAUAUUCGUGACCUACUGGAUAACUCAACAGAGGCCGAGUACCGUGCUCUAGCUGCUGUAUCCUCUGAAGUUAUGUGGGUUUGCCAUCUUCUUCGUGAGUUGGGGCAUCUUGUUUCUUCUCCUCCGGCGGUGUACUGUGACAAUGUUGGUGCUACUCAUCUUAGUAGCAAUCCAGUCAUGCACACUCGUAUGAAACAUAUUGCCAUUGAUCUUCAUUUUGUCCGUGAGUUGGUGGAUCGAAAGCUUCUACGGGUCAGUCACAUCUCUACUGUUGAUCAGCUAGCUGAUGGUUUUACCAAGCCUUUAUCCUCGCGGCAAUUCUCUCAGCUGAAAUCCAAGAUUGGCGUUACCGAUGGUAGCUCCAUCUUGCAGGGGCGUGUUAUGGAAACACAUCCUAUCAACACAGCUCAAGAAUCUAGCUCGUGAAUCUGCACUAAUUACAGCAAAUAUAAUCAGCAUUAUAUGCAGGAUAUCAAUCACACUUAUUUGUAUAUAUUUUCUAUUAUUGUAUAUCUUUAAUUUCCAUAAAUAAUUGCAGACCUUGUGUAUAUAGGAUAUUCAAUUCUGUGAAUAAUAUAUAUUAGUUUCAUUCUCAAGUUUUUGUCUUAAUAGCUUGAACACAGUUAAAGGAGAGUAUGUCACCUGCUCAGACAACGGUGUCCCAACAUCCAUGUUUUGGAUUGCUACCUUUCCUGCAAUAACAGUGGUAUCUGUUU